GGAAGUCCCUAAUCCUGCUCGUUCUGGGACCUUUCAAUGCAUUUACCAUAAAGGCUAAAAUACGGGGGCACUCUAAUUUUAGCGUCGGCUGGUUUGACCGUAGUGUUCGUUUAAACUCGUCCUGCGAGGGAACAAGUUUCUCUAAAAGACUCGACUCUGCUGUUUUUUCUGUCGGACAGGCGUGGUGUGUCAGCAGCGUCGGAGCAGACGAACAGGACUUGUAUUUGGAGUUUUAGCUGCGUUAGCUUAGCUAGUGGGUUACCAAGGUAACGUUAGCCAACAGUUAGCUGGAUCAGCUCAGGAGCUGUCGGUGUUUGUUUUUCUAAAAGUACAAACAAGCCGGUUCUUUCCGGUUUUGUAUGCCGAAUUAAAGCACACAAUGACCUUAAUUUAAUCCUGUGAAGGAUGUUAAGUAAUACGAUGUGUUAUCGAGCCGAUAAGGGAACAAUCAGUAAAUUACCAGAUAUGUGAACGGAGUUCGUGUUUAGCUUCAGUCUCUGUUUUUCGGCCUCUGCUCAUCAACUGGAAACUUCAACAAAAACCCAUCCUGGUGUUUUCCGUCUCACACACAGUGAACCACUCUUUCUGAGUUUUCAUGAGCAAACCAUCACAGAUGAAAUAGAACCAACAACAUCUGAGAAACCAGAGAAUUAUAAUAACUCAGCUACAAAUGGAGACAAAACUCAACUCUAUUCAGCCAGGAAAUAUCUGAUUCAUAUUCAACAAGACUAAAGACCUGAACCAAGUCUCAGUGCUGGACAGCUUUUGGACCCAGGUCAGUCUCAGACCAGUAUCCAGUGUGGUCCAUGGAGCAGUACAGUAUUCUGGGUCGGAUCGGAGAAGGAGCCCACGGCAUCGUCUUCAAGGCCAAACACAUCGAGACGGGAGAGACGGUGGCUCUGAAGAAAGUAGCUCUGAGGAGGCUGGAGGACGGCAUCCCCAACCAGGCUCUGAGGGAGAUCAAGGCCCUGCAGGAGAUCGAGGACAACCAGCAUGUGGUGAAGCUGAAGGACGUCUUUCCUCACGGUACGGGCUUCGUCCUGGUGUUUGACUUCAUGCUCUCUGACCUGUCUGAGGUCAUCAGGAACUCCCAGCGACCUCUGACCCCGGCUCAGGUCAAAGGUUACAUGAUGAUGCUGCUGAAGGGCGUCGCCUUCCUGCAUCACAACAACAUCAUGCACCGGGACCUGAAGCCAGCCAACCUCCUCAUCAGCUCCUCAGGUCACCUGAAGAUUGCAGACUUUGGUUUGGCCCGGCUCUUCAGUGACGAGGGAGAGAGGCUGUACAGCCACCAGGUGGCCACCAGGUGGUACAGAGCUCCUGAGCUGCUGUACGGAGCCAGGAAGUACGACGAGGGAGUCGACCUGUGGGCUGUGGGCUGUAUUUUCGGAGAGCUGCUGAACUCCUCUCCUCUGUUUCCUGGAGAGAACGACAUCGAACAGCUGUGCUGCGUCCUCAGAGUGCUGGGAACUCCAACGCAGGACAGCUGGCCUGAAAUCGUCGAGUUACCUGACUACAAUAAAAUCACCUUUAAGGAGAAUCCAGCCAUCCCAUUGGAGGAGAUCGUCCCUGACACGUCCCCUCAGGCCGUCGACCUGCUCUACAAGUUCCUGGUGUAUCCGUCCAAACAGCGCUGCUCAGCCAGACAGGCUCUCCUCCAUCCUUACUUCUUCUCUUCUCCUCUUCCCGCUCACCACUCGGAGCUGCCCAUCCCUCAGAGGGGGGGGCGACCCCCCCGCCAGCGCCUGCAGGCUCCACCCACAGACUUCUCCGUGGACCUGCCCCUGCAGAACAGCGUGGUAGACCCUGCGCUGCUGCUGGGACACGCCUCCUGCUUCUGAACAAACAGACAGAUGAACUGACCAAUCAGCUUCCUGUCUGCUUACCUGCUGACAUUUAAGACUUUUCAUAAAGAGAACAAUCAGAUCAGUGACCUGCAUCAUUCAUUAGAAAUCUGAAACCUCCUGGAUCCAGAUUCAUUUUAAACCAGUUUGAUAAAAACCACCAGUUUCUUUCUUAACUCCAGUUUCUGAGACCAGAGUCCACCAGAGUCCAGAUCAUAACUGGAACACACAAACUCCUCAAGAUGGAAUCAAACUCCUUUUUAACCAAAUAAUAAUGAAGAGAAUAAAAACAGGAAUGAGUUGAUCCAGUUUCACUCGUCAGAGCCUGAGGAGGAACCCAGCACAAACUCCUCCUCCUCCUCCUCCUCCUCCUCUCCGUCAGACCCUCAGUCUCUGUGUCACUCACAGCUCAGAAACACUCCUUCAUUGAUCCUGCUGCUGACAGAGAUCCUGUGUGUCAGGGAGAGCUCUCACUCUGUCUCCUUCAGGUCGUUCAUCAUCGUUUGCUGAUAUGACGACUCGACCAGAAACAUCGAGGUUCAACAUGAAGGCUAGCCCCGCCCCCUCACAUGCCUUCCUCCAAUCACCAGUCACGUCUCACGAUGUCAGUCAGCAGGUCAUCAGUCCCUGUCACUGGUUGGACGACUCACUGAGCUCUGCUUAUGUCCCGCCUCCUCCUUCCUCAUCC